CCCCUCAACGCGUCGGCGCGCCCCGGUCAUCGCGACAUCGCGUCCUGCCUUCUCGCCAAACUUGACCCGACAUCAUCAUCAUCACUGUCAGCCGUCUCUUACCUUGCACUUCUCAUACUCAACCAAUACCACUCUCAUCCCCACACGCUUAUACAAUUACCUUUCACCUCCUAUCUUCUUACCAGUCACCACUAUAGUCAUCGAUAAUGGCUUUCAAACGUAAGAGAUCCGUCGACAUGUCUCCUGUUUCCAUCUCCAGCUUCGGCAGCGGCGCCACCCCCGAAGAUCAAUCGCCCACUUCAUUCCCACACAGCUAUGGCGGCGCGGUGGAAAUGGACGUUUCAGCUUCAAAAAGUACCACGGGAUGGGACUUUUCGUCAGUGAGCCGGACAAAAGCCAGCAGCGGCGGUGACUGGGGCAUGCGAACGCGCAAGCGGGUGCGCGAUAACAGGCCCGACGAGCGCAGCAUCCACGAAAACACAAUCAACAUGCUCUUCACGGCGCAACGCAGACAUCCUCACGCCGAACCCAUCAUGUCUGACACCCUACCAUCUCAACCUGCACAAGCUGCACCGAAACCCCAGAAAUCGACUCUGCACGCUUUCUGGAAGCUACCUGCGCCACCACCCAUCUUUCACCAACAGCAAGCCCAAAUCUCGCACGCGCCGCGCUGUGAGGACUGCGACUCUGAACUACAAACCGAGGCUGAUGGCAUGGAUAUGGAUAUGGAUAUGGAUGGGCUUUCAAUUCAGAACUCCCUUGCAUGCAACGAGUGCGGCAGGAAAGUGUGUGCCACAUGUGCUGUGGUAUCUAAUACGAGGCACUGUCUUCCAUGCGCGACCCGCCAUUCCAGGCGAUGGUGAAGUAAUACCUACGCUAGCGUUCUUUAUAGCAUGUUCAGAUUCCAGCAUACGAGGUCAAUUGCGAUGGCGUUUUUCGGAGGUUCCUUUUUCG